AAAAACGGUCGACUCUUAAUGGAUUGUUGUCAUUCAACUUCGAUCCGUCACGUGGAAAGAAAACAAUUUAUAUCUCUCAAAAAUAAGCGAAGCGUUCAAGAGAUCUGCUAGAAUAAUGGACACUGCUCGCGAAAACGUGGCUUCUGCUGGCGAGAAAAUAAAGCAAAGUGCUGGUGACACCGCACAGGCAGGUCGUGAGGCUGGAGAACACGUUAAAGGAAAGGCCCAAGAAUUUGCUGAGGGUACUAGGCAGACGGCUAGCGAUACAUCAGAACAAGGCAAAGGAAUGCUGGGAAAGAUGAAAGAGAGCAUUUCUGAUACAGCCGGCAAGGUGCAGGAUAAAGGCAAAGGUAUGGUGGAGACCAUCAAGGAAACAUUCAGCAGAGGAAAUUGAAAGAGUUCGAUUAUUGCUUUCUGUACGGAAUAUGUUUGCGACUGUUUCUGUGAUGUCUAGACUACUUGUUUAAAGAAAUACAGACCUUAUUACGAUUAA